AUGGAUGAGCCAGCCCCAACUCUGUCCGCGUUAGAAAAACAGAUGAUGCUCGAUAGAGACAAGUUACAAUCAAUAAUUGAGGGUUUUAUUAUUGCAUAUCACCAUGGUCUUACUAAAGACGAUACUACUAUGCUACCUUCAUAUGUUUCACGUCUUCCAACAGGUGCUGAGACUGGUACAUACCUCGCCUUAGAUUUGGGGGGCACCAAUCUAAGAGUUGCGGCAGUAACCUUAGUUGGUGAUGGCAAAGCUGACAUUGAACAAAAAAAGUAUGUAAUCCCAGCAGAAUUAAAAGUUGGAACUGCUGAAAAACUAUUUGAUUGGGUCGCAUUGGGGGUUAAAGAUUUAUUGAGUUGUCUCGGCGUUCAAGCAGAAAAUCUUAACGAUAAAGAAAUGUAUAUGGCUAUUAAUCGUGGAGUUGUCAUGCAAAUGGGUAAAGGAUUUGAACUAACAGGAUUAGAAGGUCAAGAUAUUAUUGAGCUCUUGCAAGCGGCUUUUAAGCGCAAGGGUAUUAAAAUUCAUAUUUCUGCCAUAGUAAACGAUUCUGUUGGAACUUUUGUGGCAAAUGCUUAUAAAGACCAAAACACAAUUGUUUCUGUAAUUUUGAGUACAGGAACAAAUGCUUCCUGCAUUUGUCAGACAGCUUCCAUUACAAAACACAAAUUCCCAAAAGAUUCACCUGAAUACAUGAUUGUUAAUACUGAGUGGAGUAUAAUGGGAAAUGACUUCUUACCAAGAACAAAAUACGAUAAAAUUCUUGAUUUACAAAGUCACAAGCCGGGAUUUCAACCAUUUGAAAAAAUGGUUAGUGGUCUUUAUUUGGGUGAAUUAGUGAGAUUAGCAAUGGUUGAUUAUGUGAAAAAUUUUGGAUUGUUUGAUGGAACUCUACCCAGUGGGCUUGAAAUACCAUACAAUUUCACUACUAAACAUAUGUCUGACAUUGGAAGCGAUAAAUCGCCCGAAUAUAACGUAGUCUUGAAAAUUUUCAAAAAUGACUACAACAAAUCUCCAAAUCUUGAUGAUAGACGGAUUGUACAUGAACUCGUUGUGCGGUUUUCGAGACGUUCUGCACAAUUAUCGGCAGCUGCUAUUGCAUCCCUCGUAAAACUUCAAUGUCCAGAUUUUCCAGCAGUUGAGCGUGACAUCCGGGUAGCGGUUGAUGGUUCGCUAUUUCAUCGAUUUCAUAAGUAUUCGAGUUGGAUGAAUAAAACUUUUAGAGACAUUCAACGUAUAAAAGAAGAUAAACGAACUAAAAUUGUUCCAGUUGAAGAUGGAGGAUGCUUAGGGGCGGCUAUAACUGCUAUGAU